UAAAAACUUCUAUCUAACAAGGCAGGCACCUUAUUGAGUUAUUUUUCAAGCAGUACUUUUGACCCGAAUCUAAAUUUUAUAAUAUUAAAAAAUGUUUGAAACCAUAUCCAGAUACAUUCGUUACCAUCGCUGUGGCUUCAUAUUCAUGAUCCUCCAAGUGACUAUGAUGCUGACGCUGCUGGAGAUGAGGAUAGAAAUCGAGGCCACGCCAGGGCAGCAGAGAUCCAAGACCCGGCUGUUCGUGUUUUUGGAUCCGAUGGCCCUGAUAUACAGUCCAUUGUAUUCCGGGUUCGCUAUGGGUGGCAUGUUCUACGGUUACGGGAUGAUAUAUCUCCGUUCCAAGGGGCCCCUCGAAGGCUUCCUAUCCAGACUCCGCAACUCAGCACUGUCUGUGUGGCAGCAGUGCAGUCCCCUGAUGAUCCUGCCCUGGUGCAUUAAGAUUGUCCAAGGCCUCUGUAAGCUCCCCGUCUGCCUGUGGAUGUGCCUGUUUAACGAAAAUCGACCUCAGGCCGAUUACUUUGUGUUGCUCGCCUUUCUGGCCAUCGGUUUCUGGUUGUAUAUCGUGACACUGGCCAUUACCAGCUUCAUCCUGGCCAUGCGGCUUAAUAUACGGUUGUUGUGCGCCAGGACCAUCGGUCGCAGCGACCACGAACUUCGAGCCUAUGCCCAAGGAAUUAACGAACUUCUGGGCUUUGAAAUGCUGGUGAUCAACUAACUUUCUUUUAAUAAAAAUGUUAUAAUUAUUUUUACAAAU